AAUUUUAUAUAAAUUUUAGAUUUGUUUUACACUUUUUAAGUAAUUUUAUAACUUAGAAAAAUUCUAAAAUUGUUUAUACAAAUUAAAACAUUUUGAAAAUGCUGAGAAAAUCUAUACCUUUUUUUAGAAGUUUUUUAUAUUACAUUCUUGCAAUUUUGAAUUUUAUAUUUCUUCGAAUUGUGUAAAUACAUUAGCUUUUAAUUAUUUUAACAAGAAAUUGAUUUCAAAUUAAGAAAAGGUAGGAAAACGGCACAAAUUAAAAAGAUAUUUUUUACAGUUCUAUCAUACAGCCCUAUAAUAUUAAAAUUAAAAUUUACAUAAAUAUUGUUUAAAGAUUUUGAAACAAGUAGUUUGGGAUUAAUUCUGUUACUUAAAUUUAUGUUUAAUGUUAAGCUAUAAACUUUAAAAUAUACAAUUUUAUUUUUACUCUUUUGAAUAAGGACUAUUUUUGACUUGUAUUGCUUUUGUAUUGCAGAAAUGUAAUCUAAUAAUAUUUUAAGAUUUUUUAUUUUAUAACAUCUGAAAUAAAAUUUUGAAAAGUAUAAGGUAUGUAUAUUGUUUAGAAGUUGUUAUAAAUUUGAAAUAUGAAAAAUAAAUAUUGUAAGAAUUCCUUUUCACAGGAUUAUUAGAACAUUAAGGUUAAAUCAAGAUAUCAUUUAUGUUUCGUCUUUCACUGUGUACGUGCAAUUUCCAUGCUCCCGCACAAUUAUAUUGUCCGAUUGAUGUAUACUUCCGAAGUCGGAAAUACGUAACAUUUGCGUUUCCAUAACUGGAAACAAAAAGCAAAACGCGUACUACAUAAGUCGCGCGGUGCGUCUAUAGUGCUCUUGAAUAUAUCUUCUCGUAUAAUUAAAAAAAAUAUAUGAAAUGCUAAAUUUUAAUUUAAUAUUAUUCUUUUUCGUUUUAUUCGCAGUGUACUUGGCUAUAUGCGAUCGCUGUUGUCUAAUUAGUCGCCAUGAGUUGCCGCAAUACGAUUUAAUAAAAACCAAAUCGCGUUCAAGUCAACCGAUUAUAUCGCGGAAGGUGGUUCCCAGCUUGGACGAGUGCAAGAAAUUCGCCGCGUUGAAGAGAGCUCUCGCCUUCAAUUUUAUCUCCGCGAGAAACCGCACCGGUGGACAAGAAAAUUCAUGUCAAGCUCUUCAAUGCCCCGAGGAUUACAAUAUGACUACCCUCGUGCCGGAGGCAAAUUGCAGAUAUUACAGCAUGUAUCCCGUUUUAUCUCCGCCCGCGAAUACUACAAAUACUACGGUGGAGUGUGUCCCUAAAGCGGGGAUAUUUUUGUUCUCGUCCGAGGGCCUGAACUAUACGGAGGCACGAAAAUUUUGCCAGAAGCGAAACUCGUCGCUCGCGCAUGUGAUAAGCGAGGAGCGCAUGGAAGGGCUCGGCAAAUUCGUGUCGCAGAAUAUUUCCAGAUUCGUAGGUCUCAGCAGCGAAAGCAAAGAGAGAAUUUGGAGGAACGAAUUCGGCGAAUCUUUGUCUUGCUUCGACUAUCGAGCAUGGGGUGAAGGAGAGCCGUCGCAUUCGAGGGGCUGUGUCGCCCUUGUAAAUCCGUCUGCCAAAAGCUCGCCGCCUUUCUGGAAAGUGAUGCCCUGCCAUGUAUCGCUGCCGUUUAUCUGCGAAAUAUCACCGUUGUUUCAAGAAUCGUCAAAGCGACGUCAUUAUGGAAGUCAUCGUCGUACGUAAUACAAUUCCAAUUGUAUUAAAUGCAAUUACGCAAAAGGUCACAAUUGUACAUAUACAUAAACAGAAUGAAAACUUAUGAACGCAAAUCAA